UCUGAAGGGGGAAAAUGAGCUUGAAAAUGAAUUCUUCUUACUGGGAGUGAUCCCAUAGGUGGAUCCUUCCUUGCUGGUAAAUGACCGCAUAUCCUCUCACAUUGAAACCACUCUUUCAGACACGUUUAUCUCAGUUUAUAGGACAAGGAACACCUGAAUUGUAAGUUACGUCACCAUCUGACAUAUAGAUUGGUCUAUAUUAGCACAGAGAUUAAAAAGAAAGGCCUCAAUCAUCAAUUUACACUAUAAUUUUCUUUGGAGAAUUUAUUAAGCAGUGUCUGCAAAAAAGAUAUUCUUAUGUAGGAAAAUCUUAUUCAGAAAGUGUUAAUUUUAUUGUUUUCUUCCUGCUGUAUCCUAUUCAUUAGUGUUUCAGAUUCUUUCAUUGCUUGAGUUUGUUUGACUUUCUUCUUCAUAUUUCUUUCAGCCCUUUUAUGUAUUCCCUGGUGGUUUUGUACAGAUGUACAUGUAUGCUCAAUGGUUUAGGCUGCAAAUUACAAGACUUAAUAAAAGAAGAGUGAAGCCCUGGAAUAGUCAUCCAGAAUAAACAGGAAAGAUAAAUUAACAAGUUCAUUUUAGUUGAAAAUUGAGUAGUUUAUAGGAAGAGAUAGCCAAUGUGGUUGCUUACAAUAACCAAGGGAACUGAUCUCAAGUACCUGAAAGGUCCUUUCCACUUUCAUGUUCUUCUAUGUGUAUAAUAGAAAGUUUUAAUCUAGAUGCUGGGAAAGGAGAGAGACUUUGCAAAUUAUCUUUUUCAUGUUAUCUCAUUCUGCAGAACAUACUGUAGUUAUUUAUAAAUGUGUAACCACCAGCUGCCUUUUCUCACAGGUUUUUUUUCCUCUCAAAAAUACACUGAUAAGCAGCAAACAGAGGACAACCACAAAACUGCAUUUGUAAAUAGUUGCUUUCAAAAGCAGUACAACUGGGAUAUAUAAAAAACAUGAAAAGCCACUUAAUAGGAUUUCUUAUGAACUUCUGGAUUUCAUUUUCACUUGCUUUUUAUUUUCACAGUGGAGAAAGAGAAGAGAAAUGUAUAAUUGAAGAUAUUCCCAGGGACACAUUGGUAAUUGGGAAUUACAAAGUGCAACGUUGGGAUGUACAGAUCCAAGAUUUUCUUGAAUCUGCUCCUGGUUUAGGAAUGAUUGUGACUGUUAAAUCUCCUUCUGCUGAGGUACAAUUGUCAAAACUGUACGGGCCUCAAGGAACAUUUUCUUUUACAUCCUACCUUUCUGGGGAGCAUUUUAUCUGUUUACAGUCUAACUCCACAAGAUUUGUGGCACUCGCAGGAAGUAAACUGCGUAUCCAUUUGGACAUUAGAGUUGGAGAACAUUUUUUGGAUGAAUCUGUUGUUCAAGCAAAAGACAAAGUGAAUGAACUUAACAUUAUACUAGAACAUCUAAUUGAGGAAAUUAAUCACGUAUCCAAAGAGCAAAACUAUGAAAGAGAGCGUGAAGAAAAAUUUCGGAAGACAAGUGAAGGAACCAACAGUAAUAUUGUUUGGUGGGCUAUUGUACAAACACUGAUCCUCAUCUCCAUUGGAAUCUGGCAAAUCAAAUCACUCAGAGAUUUCUUUAUCUCUAAGAAGCUUGUUUAAGUCUUAUAAAGUAAAUGCCCAGGUUCAAAAACUGCACGCCAUGUAACACAAUGUAUAAAAAAACCUCCUAUGAGAAAAUUGGUUGUAUAUAACUUUCAAGCUUCUCUAACUCUGCUUUCUCCAUUUAUAUUACAACCACUGACAUCCCCUUACAUUUUAUUCCUUGAAUCCCAUGCUUUAUCACUUCCCC